AUGUUCCUGAAGCAAGAGAAACUACACUUGCUCGGUCUUGUGCAAGAAGGUGACAGGUUUUUCAUUGUGGAGUGCAACAAGAAAGAUCAGAAGCAUGACGGGCGGCCAAAGUUGGAGGUGGAGCAGUCCAUAUUGAAAAGGAAGUACAGUCAUCUUCCUUCAACUCUUGCGAAGAAGCAGAUGGUCGCGGACAACGCGAAGUUCUGUGUGGAACUGGUGGGAAUGUUGAAAGACUUUUUGAACAAUCCGCCAGCACCGGUGUCUGUAUUCGAGAGCAUGAACGCUACAGUCUCCGAAGAUGAAGAUCGCCUUGCCUUUUUUGAGGCAUCCAACAUGCAGGCCGCCACGGAGUACAUGGCAGGAAGUGAAAGAAUCAUUUUGAUCUCCGACUGCACCUACCAGACAAACCAUCAAAGAUUGGUUCUUGGAAGUUUGGGACUUGCAGUACUUCACAAAGAUGACCAUGGAAAGGUGAGGUGUCGGUUUUGGCCUGUGGUGUUCAGUGUCUCUGAAGCUGAAGAUGAGAGUGCGUAUGAUCUCUUGUGCAAGGCUUUCAUUGACAAGACGGGUGUGAACCCGGCAAAGGUGAGCAACAUCUUUCUCGACGGCCAUGCGGGUGCGUUUGCAGCUAUGCAGCACUGCUUCACAGGUGCAUGCAUCCAUCGGGAUCUUCAACACGUGAAGAAGAACAUCAAGGAGAAUGCCUGCAAACUGCAAGACCGCAACUUGAAAACUUACAUCACCGACGUGGUCGAGUUUUCAGCGAAGCUUUCGCAACCCAGUCAGUUUCAUACCGUCUGGAAAGACACUGCUUGCAAGUGGAGUGGUGCUGUGUUGUGGAUUUUCGUUCGGCUCCCUCUACAGCAUGCUUCCGAUGAGACUGCUGACCCCUGUGCCCGUUUCGAGACGAAAACGAAGAUGCGCGAGUGA